AUGGCUCUCAACCCGUCCAACGGCUUCGCGGCUGCCGGCAACGUCGCCGACCUGAGCGACGGGUCGUUGCCCAUCUUUGAUGUCGAGCGGGUCCAGCUGCAGUUCUCCAUCGCGGCGGACUUCGUCUCGGCGCAGGUCGCGAACAAUGUUCUGAUACUCGCGCUAUCAAAUGGGCGCAUUCUGCGGAUUGAUCUGAAUCGCCCAGAGGACAUCGACGACAUUGACCUUCCGAGGAAGCCCUCCGAAAUUGGCGUCAUUCGCCGCAUGUUCCUCGACCCGACAGCGUCGCACCUCAUUAUCUGCACCUCAUUAGGGGAGAAUUACUACCUCCAUUCUCAGUCUCGCCAGCCAAGGCCCCUGGCGCGCCUGCGCGGCGUUUCGAUCGAGAGCAUUGCCUGGAAUCCGGCCUUGCCUACGGCUUCGACAAGAGAGAUACUGUUGGGCGCUUCAGACGGUAACAUAUAUGAAGGCUACAUUGAAACAUCAACGGAGUUCUACCGAAAAGAAGAGAAAUACCUCAAGAUACUACAAAAACUCCCAGAUGGGCCGGUCACAGGUCUGUGGGUGGACGUCCUGCCCGGUAGCUUAGACAACCGACGGGUGAUCAUCACCACUCAGAGCCGACUCCUCCAUCUGGCCGGGAAAAUUGGUCGCGGCCACGAAGGUAGCGGGUCAAUCUAUACGAGGCUCUUCGAAUCAGAGCACCCGGUCAUCCAUGAGCUCUCGCGUUCUUCGGCAGCAGCGCCGUCCUCACUGGUCAUCUCCCCGGAUCCUCAAGAUGCUGGUAUGCCUUACGAGUCGGCAGCCCCGGAUCGGGUGUUUGCGUGGCUUUCCUCCCAAGGCGUCUAUCAUGGCAAGCUUCUCUUGAGCUCGUCAACAUCAGACCUCGGCGCUAAGGUCUUAUCCGAGUCAAAGCUUCUACAGCGAUCGCAGCUCAGUGGCUCCGACAGCACGGGAAGAAGAAUGGCGUCAACAGAGUAUAUCGAGACCAUUGCCCUGACUCAGUGGCACAUCAUUAACCUGAUUGGGAAUCGCAUCGUGGUCGCCAAUAGGCUGACAGGCUCGAUUGUCUACGACCAGGUUAUUCUUGAACAAGGUCAGAGAGCUGUUGGUCUCUGUGUUGAUCUCCAGAAGAAUACCUUCUGGUUGUUCACAGCCCAAGAAAUUUUUGAGAUUGUUGUCAGGGAUGAAGACAGAGACAUCUGGAAAAUUAUGCUACAGACACAGCAAUUCGAUGCUGCGUUGCAAUAUGCACAUACCCCAGCGCAGAAAGAUGCUGUUGCGACUGCUUCCGGAGACUAUCUAAUAAGUAAGGGCCUCUAUAACGAAGCAGCAGGCGUUUAUGGGAAGAGCAGCAAGCCAUUUGAAGAAGUGGCUUUGGCGUUCCUCGACAAUAGUCAACAUGAUCCUCUGAGGAAAUAUCUCCUUGCAAAAUUGACGACAUAUAAGAAGUCAUCAGUCAUGCAGAGAGUCAUGAUAGCCACUUGGCUGAUAGAAAUAUUCAUGGCCAAGCUAAACUCUCUAGAUGAUACAAUCAUUACCAAAGCAGAGCUGUCAGAAACGCUGAACCCUGCUCAGACAAGAGAGCAGCUGAGCAGCGUCAGAAAUGAGUUUCAGGACUUUGUGAGCAGGCACAAGACUGACCUCGACCGGAAGACAGUGUAUGAUGUUAUUAGCAGCCAUGGUCGGGAGGAUGAACUUUUGUUUUUUGCAAAUGCCGUCAAUGACUACAACUACGUCCUCUCGUACUGGAUACAGCGCGAGAGAUGGAAUGAGGCCUUGGUGGUCCUCAGAAGGCAGACGGAUCCAGACGUCUUCUAUCGGUAUAGCAGCGUCAUGAUGACCCAUGCUGCCACGGAAAUGGUCGAGAUUCUCAUGAGGCAAUCCAAUUUGAAGCCUCGAAAUCUCAUUCCCGCGCUCCUUGAAUACGACCGUAACUUCAAGGGGCCUCUGGCGCAAAAUCAAGCCAUUCGAUAUCUUCUUUACGUUGUUAAUCAGCUGAACUCAGCCGAUUCAGCAAUACACAAUACGCUCGUCUCCAUAUAUGCUUCGCAUCCCUCAAAGGACGAAAGCGCACUUUUGUCGUAUCUCGAAUCCCAGGGCGAUGAGCCAAAGUUUGACCCCGACUUCGCCUUACGGUUGUGCAUCCAGAACCGUCGUGUUCUGUCAUGCGUCCACAUAUACACCAACAUGGGACAGUUUGUCCAGGCCGUUGACCUGGCGCUGUCUCACAAUGAGAUAGACCUAGCUUCCAUCGUUGCUGAUCGGCCCAUGUCCAACCCACAGUUGCGGAAGCGCUUGUGGCUCGCUGUAGCCAAGAAAGUAAUCUCGCAGUCUAACGGCAUCAAAACGGCCAUUGAUUUCCUCAGACGAUGCGAUCUGCUCAAAAUUGAGGAUCUCAUUCCCUUCUUCCCCGAUUUCGUGGUUAUCGAUGACUUCAAAGAGGAGAUCUGCUCUGCCUUGGAGGACUACAGCCGCAAUAUCGACGGGCUGAAGAAGGAGAUGGAUGAGUCUAGCCAGACCGCUGCGAACAUCAAGAUCGACAUCGCUGCGCUAGAUCACAGAUACGCUAUUGUAGAGCCGGGCGAGAAGUGCUACGUCUGCGGUCUACCGCUCCUAAGCAGACAAUUCUUCGUCUUCCCUUGCCAACAUGCCUUCCACUCGGAUUGUCUGGGUCGUAAAGUCCUGGAGCAAGCGGGGGUGGGCAAGAGUAAGAGGAUAAAGGAAUGUCAGGUGCAGAUCAGCAAGGGGCUGGUUAGCGGAGCGAAACGAGAUGCCAUGAUUGCUGAGCUAGACUCUUUGGUUGCUUCUGCUUGUAUACUAUGCAGCGAUUAUGCCAUCAAGCGGAUAGACGAGCCUUUCAUCAGGUCUGAUGAUAACCUGAGCGAGUGGGCUUUGUAA